AUGGAUAUGCUCGCUCGGGGAAACUUCAACUUGGCCAAGGUAACCUUGAGGACUCCGCUCGAAUCCCAGUCCGUCGAGAACUUCGGUGUGCCUCAAGCUUCGUUGGAGCAGGUCGACGGAGACAAGAGCGCACCCAUGGCACGAUUGGCCGUGAACAGCUUCCGAGACAACUUCCAGCUCAUCCAGUGGUCCAAGGAUUUCUUUGACAUCCACUACCUCGACCCGGGCAUCAAACCCUGGGACGCUGAAGGCUGCACCCGAGUAGCCAUCGUCUUGUCUGGUUCGCUCGGCUUCGUCGUCGACCCGCGGUUCGUCGAUGACUCGAUCCUCGUCAAGACCCAUGCCAUGACGCGUACGAAGCUGACGUUUGAUGCCGGUUCCAUCAGUGACGCGAACGACGAGCAGAGCAUGCGCUGGAUAUUCUUCGGCGAGAUUUACUUCGACGGGCGUCCGCAAAAUCGUGCAGCUCAAGGACGUCCUGUACUGGCUGUGCCAAUGCGGAGUUUCUCUAGCAGCAAGCAUGGCGCCAUCGAGGUGGUUUGCUGCGAACAACAUAGGGAGCACGGCAAGAGAGUCGUCAGCGACCAGAUCGAGGAGCUCGUGCUCGCCACUGACGAGGACACCCACACGUGCGCCAACGCAUAUGCACUGUGA